UUGGUUUGCUCUCAACUUACUCUUUACUUCUUUCAAUUCUUAGCUUGGUACGAUGGUAAUCAUGCCAGACGAUGACGAGCUUAGUACGAUUUUAAUGAUGCCUGACGAUGACGAGGUGCAGAAAGAAGUCUUUGCGGGGACUUUGUUUAAAGAAAGACUCGGAAUUUUUCUUGGGGUUAGAAAAAGAGGAUGGAGGCCGGAGAAUAAUAACAAGGUUGACUGUGAGUGCCAUUCGUGCAUGAAAUGCCCACAUUGCGGUCACGAGGACAAGGUGCCUGUGAAGUGUUUUGCGAAACUGAAUAGAUAUUCAUAUAUGCUCUUCUUUAUGUACAGUGGUUUUUGCCAACGCCAACGAAUGAGCCUGUGGGGUCCUGUCCGAGAGACCUGAAGACGCCCAAAUUGAAAGAUUUAGACUCCCACGUCGGGUGUUCAGAACAUGGGAAGACGCCAAA